AUGGCUCACUCAAAGGCUCUCUUAGUGCUGGAAAACUUUAUAGGUGGCAAAUUUGUUCCUUGUUCCUCCUACAUAGACUCCUAUAAUCCAUCUACUGGAGAUGUUUAUUGCAGGGUGCCAGACAGUGGCAAAGAAGAGGUGGAACUUGCUGUCAAAGCUGCCAAAGCUGCUUUCCCGAUGUGGUCCUCAAAAAGUCCAUUGGAAAGAUCUCAGAUCCUGAACAAACUGGCAGACCUUAUUGAACAUGACCUGGAAGAAUUUGCACAAGCAGAGUCAAAGGAUCAGGGAAAAACAAUUACAUUUGCUAGAACCAUCGACAUCCCUCGGGCCGUGUACAACUUCCGCUUCUUUGCCUCAUCUGUCCUUCAUCACACGACAGAGUGCUCCGAGAUGACAACUGUGGGCUGUGUGCAUUACACCCUGAGGACACCUGUGGGAGUUGCUGGUUUAAUCAGUCCCUGGAAUUUGCCACUGUAUUUGUUGACCUGGAAAAUAGCUCCUGCCAUUGCAUGUGGAAAUACUGUGGUUGCCAAGCCGAGUGAGAUGACAUCUGUCACUGCUUGGAUGAUGUGCAAGCUCUUGGAGAAAGCAGGGAUACCCCCUGGGGUGGUGAAUGUGGUGUUUGGAACAGGCAGCAAGGCAGGAGAAGCCUUGGUCUGCCACCCUGAUGUGCCUGUGAUCUCUUUCACGGGAAGCACGCUGACAGCCCAGCGGAUCACAGAGAAAAGCGCUCCGCACUGCAAACGCCUUUCGCUGGAACUGGGAGGGAAAAACCCUGCGAUCGUCUUCGAUGAUGCUGACCUGACGCAGUGCAUCCCCACGACCGUCAGGUCCAGCUUUGCCAACCAGGGUGAGAUCUGUCUCUGCACCUCCAGGAUCUUUGUUCAGAGGGGCAUAUAUGAUGAAUUUGUGAAGAGGUUUGUGGCAGAGGCUAAGAAGUGGAAGGUUGGGAACCCCUCAGAUCCUACAGUCAACAUGGGAGCACUAAUAAGUAAAGAACAUCUAGAAAAGGUAAAGAACUAUGUGAAGAAAGCCCAAGCUGAAGGAGCCAGAGUCCUGUGUGGAGAGGGAGUGGAUUCCUUGGUUCUUCUAGCUGACAACCGGAAAGGCUAUUUCAUGUUGCCCACAGUUAUUGCUGAAGUCAAGGAUGAAUCUAAGUGCAUGCAAGAAGAGAUAUUUGGUCCUGUGACAUGUGUGGUAGCAUUUGAUACAGAAGAAGAAGUGAUUGAAAGAGCUAACUGUGUGAAAUAUGGCUUGGCAGCCACUGUGUGGUCCAGCAAUGUGGGACGUGUUCAUCGUGUGGCACGAAAGCUACAGUCUGGAUUGGUGUGGACUAACUGCUGGCUGGUUAGAGAUCUGAACUUGCCAUUUGGUGGGAUGAAAGCCUCAGGCAUAGGAAGGGAGGGAGCAAAGGAUUCCUAUGAAUUCUUCACUGAGGUCAAAACCAUCACAAUUAAGCACUGA